CUUCGCGUCAUAUCUUCGACUUUACACAGCCAUCACCCCAAUUAUAUCCUCAUGCUAUGACGAUGUGAGAAUGCUCGUCACGUAUCGUAGAGCGUUUACGACUACUGCUUGUCUCCUCCAAAAACCGCCUAAUGUCCUGCCCACCCGAAAGACUCCACCGCUCCCUCGCGCACCUCGUCCCCUGAAGUCCCAAAAGGCCCCUCGCGUCCAACCUUACAGAUGGCGGUCGGAAAAGGACAGAAAGCCUAAAGCCGCCUCUUGGGACAGCGUGAAAGGCAUCGAGAGAGAAGUGUUCAAUCCGAAGUCGGAACACUUCGCGUUCGCGUUUGUCAUGCCAAAGCACAAGAAAAGUGUUCGCGUGCAAAGCGCCCUCAUCUUUGGUGCAUCCCUGGCUGGGGCGUUAGUUUUGACAAGGUGGGCGAUGCUCGCUGUAGAUGCAUUUAUGGGGGAUGAGAGUGAUGAAGAGAAUUAGUUAUACAGAGUGCAUGAAGUUGAUAAUGGACAUGCAUAACUCGUUCAACCUCGUCCAUGACAUUUCAUGACGCGUAAAUCAUCCUAGACGGGACCGCCUUCCGUCAAAUCUCGUCCUCGUGGUUCAACCCCUCUAUCGCGACGCGGAAAAAUGUGGAAGAGAUUGGUAGAAUGCUC